AUGACUAAUCCAUGUCCAAAACUGACAAGCAUGCCAAACAUUGAAGAACAAGCAACUUCAAUCUUUACAAGGAAAGUAUUCAACCUAGUCAAAGGUGAGAUAAAAAAGGGAGAUAGGUAUUCUUGCUCAAAGUCUGAGAUUGUACCUAAUUAUGAUUUAUUUCUAGUAUCAAAGUAUACGAAUAAUCAUCCUAAGCGUAAGGUUUUUAUUUCUCAUGAUGAGGAAGACAUCAGAUGUAAUUGCUAUUGGUUUGAGACUAAAGAAAUACCUUGUAGACACAUUUUUGCAUCCAUGAAGCACUCAAACAAAGGUAAUUUUCCAGCUUGCCUUAUCAAUUCUCGUUGGAUGAAAGAUGCAAAAGACAUUGAUCCUAAAUCAGUUGGUAAAGAGAGAAGAUGUCCACAUCCCAAUGCAGUACAAAAUACUAGGUAUGGUAGAAUCAACACCCAAACAAGUUUGGUAUCAUACUAUGCUACCAAAUCUCAAAGAGCAUUUACAAAGGCUAUGAGUGUGAUGUCAACAUUGGUAGAAGACCUACAAAAUAUGACAAACAAUGAAGAUGAUGAUGAUGGAAAUGAAGAUUUUUGGCUUACAAUUCAAAUUAACGAUCCAAAAUUAGAAGCAAAUAAGGGUAGGCCAACGAAAUCGCAAUCCUCUCAAAGAUUGUUUGCUGAAAGUGGUAGUAAAAUAAAGGAGCUAAGUAAGCCUAGAUUAUGCAAAACAUGCAUAUGUACUGGACAUAACUCAAGAAGUUGCCCACAUAAGCAGGAUGGUGGAGAAGAAAGCUCAAAGGGACAAAAAAGUUAA